AUGACUGGAUUUCUUGUCGUAGCUCUGCUGUUGUGUCUUCUCAAAGAUGGAGCAUACAAGGCCACGGCAUGGGAUGAUGCCGACUUCUUCAGCAACUGCCCGCCAUCUUGGUGCAGCGAACAUGGUCCGGAGAUCAGGUACCCUUUCCGGCUCGAAUCCAGCAAUACCUCGUCAUUAUGCGGAACACCAUGCAUGAAGCUAGGAUGCUACGGCGACGACACCAUUCUGGUUCUCCCAACAGCCGUUACCCAGUACAAAGUGACCGCCAUAGAUUACAGGCGUGGUACCCUCACGCUCGCCCCGCUUGUGGACGACUCCUCUCCCUCCUGCAAGCAGAAGCUCAUGUCCAUGUCCCUACCUGCAAGCAUUAUCAAUUGUGAGGACCCGGACCCCUGCUCACUGCUAUGCCGUAAUGGAUAUGCAACGAUAGUAAGCUGCUUAAGAGAGUUCAUACCAAGUAAUCUUGCUGCUAAUUUCAUCUCCGGCCCAAUCUCGUGCCUUAGCAGCACGUCCCAGUUCUCCUAUUUGGUGGCUGGUUAUGCAUCCAUGUCUGUACUUCCACUAGAUUGCAAGGUUGUGCCUGACAGCUACUUUCUGAUGGCCACUGCCACUGCUCCUACAACAUUGAAGGAGCAAGCAGAAACAAUACUGGAUUUCUCAGGGACAACAACGAUAGGUUGGUAUGGAGGUGUUGAUGCCACCAUCGCAUACAACUGCACACAGUGUGAACGAGGUUCACACUCACACGUCAAAGUAAUUGCAGCUACAUCAUCGGUGGCCACAAUAGUGGUUCUUUUGUUGAUGGUGGCCACUGUACUCUAUCUUUCACUUAAGACAAGAUAUAAUGAGGAGAUACACUUGAAGGUCGAAAUGUUUCUCAAGACUUAUGGAACCUCAAAACCCACAAGGUACAGUUUUGCAGAAGUUAAGAAGAUAACAAGGAGAUUCAAGGAAAAGGUAGGCCAAGGUGGAUUUGGAAGUGUAUACAAAGGUGAGCUACCAAAUGGAGUGCCUGUGGCAGUCAAAAUGCUGGAGAACUCUAUUGGAGAGGGAGAAGAAUUCAUUAAUGAAGUUGCAACCAUAGGACUAAUCCACCAUACAAAUAUUGUGCGCCUCUUGGGCUUUUGCUCCGAAGGAACAAGGCGUGCCCUUAUUUACGAAUACAUGCCUAAUGAAUCAUUGGAGAAAUAUAUUUUCUCAUGUUAUUCAAAUACCUCUCAAGAACUCAUUGUACCAAACAAAAUGGUAGAUGUUGCUUUAGGCAUUGCCCGAGGUAUGGAAUACCUACAUCAAGGUUGCAACAAGCGCAUCCUCCACUUUGACAUCAAGCCUCACAACAUCUUGCUAGACUUUAACUUCAAUCCGAAGAUCUCAGACUUUGGGCUUGCAAAAUUAUGUGCAAGGGAUCAAAGCAUUGUUACAUUGACAGCAGCAAGAGGCACUAUGGGGUAUAUUGCGCCGGAGCUAUAUUCUCGUAAUUUUGGGGGCGUAUCCCACAAGUCAGAUGUUUAUAGUUUUGGCAUGCUGGUGUUAGAAAUGGUAAGUGGAAGGAGGAACUCAGACCCAAGUGUUGACAGUCAAAAUGAAGUUUACCUCCCAGAGUGGAUCUUUGAGAGAGUAAUCACUGAGCAAGACUUCGUACUUUCUAGGGAAAUGACUGGAGCAGAGAAAGAAAAGGUGAGACAGCUAGCCAUGGUGGCCCUAUGGUGCAUUCAGUGGAACCCAAGAAAUCGACCCUCGAUGACAAAAGUGGUGAACAUGUUAACAGGGAGGUUGGAGAAUCUGGAGAUACCCCCAAAGCCUUUUGUCUAA